GGCCGUCGUUGAAAAUAAGAGCUUGUUCUUAACUGACUUGCCUAGAUAAAUUAAGGUUAAGUUACAAAAAAAAGUGAGCAAUAAUCAGCACUCGAUUGUUUUUGUCUGGAUACAGUGGCGUUCAAAGGGUAAAGGUUAAAGUUUGUCUGUGAAAACACCGGAACACGUGUUGGUGUUAAAAUAGCCAGGCUUCGGAUAUGGCUGCCAUGUACUCUGGUAUUCACUUGAAGCUCAAAAACCCCAAGACACCCUGGGUGGACAAACUGAAGCUUGCCCGUUUUGCAUGGAUUUCAUCACAGUGCUUACUUCCUAACAAAGAACAGGUACUCUUUGAUUGGAUAAGUCAUGCAUUGACAGGCUUUUACAGUAAGAAAGUGGAGUUGCCACAGGUGGUGGUGGAAGGCUUGUGGAUCUACCUGGAUGAUAUUUUGCACAGCAAAAAGCUACAUAGUGUGUUGAGCCAAGGAAAAACCAUCAGCCUUCGUUUGGCAGUAGCGCAAGUUAUAAUUGAAAGGAUUCAGGAGUUUAGCUCAGGGACCUCCUCAGCGUCUGUCUCCACCGUGUUGAGCUGCUGUCAGGGCAUCCUUUCCUCCUCAGUCCUCUCUGUCACAUUCACCACUAAGUACGAGCUACUGGUGGAGCUGUUGGCCAAGCUGUGUACCCUGGGCUGCUCCAAGCUCAGUCAGCAGCAAGCCACAGACCCCCUGACACCCCAGGUGUUUGAGGUCCUCCUCCUUACCCUGAGUAGUUACCUCGCGGUCCAAAAGCAGCAGGCCAAUGCUAACCGCGUGUUUGCCCAAGUCACAACACACCUGCUCCAGCACCUCCUCCUGCUCAGACACCUAUUGACUUCCAGGACCUGGAUGGCCGAGGAUGACUCCCGUGUCCGCCAGCACCUGAGUAGGGACAUCCGUGGGAAAGUGGACACCAUCCUGCAGUCUGCUCUCUUCCUGCCAGACCACCUCCAGGCCUAUAAGGAGGAGCUCCUCUCAAAGGAGGAGCCAGGGAUGAAGAAGGGAGCAGCGGGGAAGAGCCUACUCUCCCCAGUCAACACGAUACUCUCAAAGAUUUGUGUACAAGGGUACUGUGACACUGAUCUCCAUUUUGCGGUCAGGUCGAGUUCCCUCCCACUGCUCUUCAAAUUCUCUCUGGAUGCCUACUGUAAAGGAGGAGAUAAUAAAGUACUCUGCUUUCACAUGUUAACACAGUUAAUCGCUGCCUUGGAUUUCACAAAUGAGGUGACUCUCAAAGACCUGUUUGAUGGUGAAAACUGGAGCUUAGCUCUGCUGGCUUUGGAGAACCUCUUGAAUUUAUGCUUGACGGCAGACAUUUACAAUGUGGUGGCUGACAGGAUAAAGUACGAGGAGGUUCAGUUGAUUUUCUACAGGAAGGUGGUGAGGCUGUUGUUCGACAAUGCCCAGCCCAGCAUAUCAGCAUGGUACCGCUGUCUAAAAGCCCUGCUCAGUCUCAACCACCUGAUCAUAGAGCCGGACCUGGACGAGCUGCUGUCGGCAGGAUGGAUUGAUUCCGACUGCACAGAGCCACGGGUUAGGAAGGCACGCGAGGCCCUCAUCUCCUCUGUUCUCCAGAUCUACGCCAAGCUGAGGCAGCUCCCCAAGCUCUUCGAGGAGCUCCUGGCUGUCAUCUGCCGCCCAGCAAUGGAUGAGCUCAGACAGCCUGUUCUCCCAGAGGCAGUGCAUAGGACGCUCAGCACAUGCCUUCUGGACAACCCUACCAGCCAGACUUUGGAAAUAUGCUGCCUCAUGUUAGAGAAUGUAACAAGCUAUGUACUCCCGGAUCUGGAAGGAAACAAAGACAUGUCCCUGAAGUUGUUCUCCUUGAGUGUGCUCUUGUACUCUGUGUUGUUCAGCCUGAAAACUUUGGACAACAGCACACCAGUUCCUGUUGUGAGGCAAACCCAGGCUCUAAUGGAGAAGAUGCUCCAGGUGGUGAAGCCAGUGCUGCAGCUGGCUGAAGGCCAGGCCCCAGACGUCCCUGGGUGUCAGAAAGUCCAAGAUGCAGGCCUUCUGCUAAAGUACACUUGGGUGGAGGUGGACACCCUCUUUCAGAUUCACUGUACGAAAUACACAUCUCCAACGGACCCAGCUAGCGUUAACAUACUAGACGACAUAGGUAUUCUCCUCUCUGGUGUGAUGGCGACAGGUGAAGAUCAGGCCUCUCCCAUCGGCCAGCACUGUAGCCCCAUGACUCACCUCCUGCAAAAACUGCUCACUCUCCAACAAAUGAAGAAAAUUAUCCUAAGCAAUGAGCUCUUGGCACAGACUAGAGCUUCAGAUGUCCUCCGCAGAGCAGCCCAGUACAUUGUGGGGAGAGGAGAUCCUCAACUCUGCCAGCAGAGUGACCAGCUAUGGGACCGUCAGGUCAGUAGUGUGGAUGCCAGCACGUACCCAGUGGCACAUUGGUACCUCAUUACCACAAACCUACCCAUGAUCUCGCCAUUCCUCACUGAGGACGAAUUGUGUCGUAUAGCUGAUGUUCUCCUCAGCUCCCUACUUCAGAAGACACCAGAUGACACCACUGAGAGGCUGUCUGUCUCUCUCAUUUCCAAAGAUCUGCUUGAGAGCCUUGUUCUUGUCGAGUUACCCACUAUUUACUCUGCUGUUGUCAGAUGUGUCACUCAAAGGAUUGUGGGGAUUCUCAGCGGCAUCCCAGACAUGGCCUCUGUCUGUCCUGCACUCAUGAAGUUGAGUGAAGUAAGCUGUUUGACAGCUGGAGACAAAGGAAGUGCAGUAACUCAGUCAGAUGGCGAUGUCAGUGAAUCCCAUUCUGCUUUGAAGAGACUGGAGUCCAUAGCCCAACACAUACUGAACUCUAGUACGACCGGAGCCUCUAUAACCCUAUCUCAAAGUCAAGCCGAUAACCUUUUAAGCUUACUUCAAGUCACCAAUGCUCUUAACCCAGAUGGAAUGUCCUCUGAAGACUUUUCAGGGCUCUUUUUACUCUUAUUCCUCAUGGUCACAGACACACAGCUACAUAAUGAUGUGAAGCCUGCCGUAACAAUACAUCUGCUGAACCAGCUCUUCAGUCUCAUGGGGUUGCUUCUGGCAGGGAAUAAUUCCCAUCAUGUUUUAAAGAUUGUGCAUGGGAGUAGCCUCUUGGAGGCAUCUUUGACAGCUCUCUUUUCACACAGCAAUAAGGGCCUCUUUCAAACCGUGGACAGCUCUGCUUGGCUGACUUUCCUAAAAACCGUCCAGGAUUUCAUCCAGUCCCUGAUCCUAUUGAUAAUCCACAGAAAGAGCAGUGUCCGCCUUAACCUGGAGAAAUUCACCACCUAUUUGGUCAAUAGCGAGGUUGCCGUUAUGGCUUUGUCUUCUCUCCCAGGAAACAUUGAAACAGGGGGCCUGUUCGCCAUACAGCUCCUGCUUGCGUCUAUGAACACACUGUGCCAGGCCAUGACAUCCAGCCUCAGGACAACCAAGCAGCUAGAUGAGACCCUGAGUCAAUUACUGGGGAAGACCACUGCUGUCAUGGGCCCUGCCAUCCAGGCCAGCCUGAGGGCUCAGACAGGCAGUCUACUAGGCCAGGCCUUCUCUGUGGAUGUGGUGACCGGGAUGGUGAGGAGCGAGCUGGCCUGUGCUUGCCACCAAGAUGAGCCUAGCGAGGGCAUCACACAAGAGAGUCUAAGCCACAUGGGCAUGUACAGGAGCUUCAGCCAGCAGAUUCUCAGAGAGCUGUGCCCAUCCCAGCGCCCCAUGGACUUCCUGGUCUCAUCGCUCCACUUCCUCUCAGCGUACUAUGCUGCUGCAGAGAUGACCAAAGCCCUUGGCCAGGAGGAGCUCUUUGUGGCAAUUCUGCAGACUGUCCACAAACUGCUUGCAGCCCCAUGGCUGUCAGUAUCAGAGGUGAGGUCCCUGGAGGAGCCAGUAAAGGAGCUUCUGGACCAGCUGCUGGUCAGGAGUACCCCAGAACAGUUCCACCUUCUCCUGCUGCUGCUCCGAGACGGACUGGAUACCUCCAAGUUCAGGAGCGGCUGUCAUAGGGAAGUCCUUUCAACAGUGACGAUAACGAAGCUGCUUGCCAGCGGCCUGCUUCCAGAAACCUGCUUAAAGGCAUUCUGGCUCAUUGCACCUCAGAUCAUAUCUGCCUUAGUAUUUCUAGUGAAGGAGGCUGGCAAGGAGCCAACACUGACUGCUGCUCUGACCGUGCCAGUGUUGGACACUCUGACAGCCAUGCUCCGUCAGGGGGAGUGGAUGCUCUCCAACCCCCACCACGUGACCAUGGUGCUGGGGGCCCUGCAGUUUGUCCCCCUUGAGCACCUGACGAUGGAAGUCUACCACGCUACCUUUGAGGCCAUUCACGAGGCUCUGUUUGCAGUCAUCCAGUGUCACCCGCAGGUGAUGCUGAAAGCGGCACCGUCCUUCCUCAACUGUUUCUACCGCCUGGUGGUCUCCAUCAUGCAUGAGGGGAGACAGAAGGUCGAGGCCGAGAGGGCCCCUGAAAUCGAUGCGGAGGUGCUUUUGAAGUGUGCUCGUCUGGUGGAACGCAUGUACUCCCACAUCGCCACCACAGCCGAGGGCUUCACCAUCCUCUCCUCCUUCAUGGUAGCACAGUACGUCAGCGAGCUACAGAAGGUUACUCUGCAACCAGACAUCAAGAGCCACCUGACAGAGGGAGUUUACAGGAUCCUGGACCUCUGUGUUGAGCAGGACGUUAAGUUUUUGAACACCACCCUCCAGAUGGGUGUCAGAGAGGUGUUCAACGAUCUCUAUGGCAGUUAUACUCAUUACCAUAAAACCCAGCGGCAAGGAGAGGAGAAAUACACAGCCUGACAUUCCCCUCUACCAUCUCUCUUUCCAGAAAUACUUUUUCUUUAUAACAGCCAAGUUUUUUUUUCUUAAACAACUGUUUAAACAUGUAAAUUGUAUUUUUUAUGUUUGUGUGUUGGUUUAGUAGUGGGACAACAAAGGUAAUUGACAACAAAUGAUGUCUCAAGUGUGUUUUAUUUUAAUACCUUGUUUGGUCUUUCUUGUAUUGAUGGCUAAUACUGUAACUUUAGACUAUCCAAUUGUCAAGAUUUGAUUUACAGUGCCUUCAGAGAGUAUUCAUACACCAUGACUUAUUAAAAAUUGUUAAAGCCUGAA